UUUUCUUUGAUCUUGUUUGAACAUGAAUUAGACUUUAUACAACUUAAUAUACAUACAAGAUUUGCAAUUCUAAUUAGCCUUUUCCUCAUUCAGCAUAGGUGCUACACUUAGUAAUAACCUUAUGAGGUUGGGGUGUGAUCUUUUUGAGUGCUGCUUCGCUAGCUCUUCUUCUGGCAAAUUUCCAAAGCAUAGUAAGUUGAAGUGGCCAAUCCUUCCCUAUAAGAAACUUGCAAAAGCAACAGAUAAUUUUGAUCAAUGUCAUAUACUUGAGAAGAGAGGCACAGCAACAGUAUAUUAUGGCAAACUUGAAGAUGGGCGUGAGAUUGCAGUCCAGUGCUUUCAUGAAGACAAGCGUCACAUAUUAGAACAGUUCAUCAAUGAAACUGUUAUCCUAAAUUACUUGCCUCACAAAAAUCUUGUGUCAAUUUACGGGUGGGCCUCUCAUCCCAAGGAAUCCAUGCUAGUACACGAGUACCUAUCCCAUGGGACUCUUUAUGCUUAUCUUCAAGGUGAUAUAACAAAAUAUAACACUGAUUGGCUUACCAGAUUGAAUAUUGCCAUUGAUACUGCAAAUGCAUUGGACUAUCUUCACUAUUAUGGCAUCAUCCACCGUAAUGUAAAGUCCAACAAUAUAUUUCUAGAUAUGAACUUUUGUGCUAAGGUUGGUAACUUUCAUUUAUCAAGAAAACUUCCAGAGGGUGUUUCUGUCUAUGCUACCCAUGUUACAAGUGAAAUAAUAGGAUCACGUGGUUAUAUAGACCCAGAUUAUGUGUCAAAAGGUUGGCUUAGUGUAAAAAAUGAUGUUUAUAGCUUUGGGGUGUUGUUGUGUGAGCUUAUAUCAUCAAGGCUUGCAAAAUAUUGGGUUCGGAGUGAAGAGGAUAGUCUUGCUACCCUUUUAAGCAGAAUUGUUGAAAACCAAGCUUUGGUUGAGCUGGUGGAUCCAAGACUUGGCUUCCAAUCAGACCUUAAGAUCAAGCGGAUGAUAACUGCUACGGCUGAGCUUGCAUUUAGGUGCUUGCAAUGUCCACAAGAAUUAAGGCCAAACAUGGAACAAGUGCUAGAGAUUCUCAAUGGCAUAAGGCAAGGGAGAUAUGAAACAAACCCAAUAAAAGCUUUCAAAAUCUUCCACUUUGCUGAACUUGAAGAAGCUACUAACCAUUUUGACACUUGCCUUGGAAGGGGAGGAUUCGGCAUAGUCUACUAUGGAAAACUUCAAGAUGGGAGAGAGGUUGCAAUAAAACGUUACCAUGAUGAGACAGACAAAACCAUUAAGCAAUUCAUGAAAGAAAUUGAGAUCUUAAGUCUCUUGGACCAUCCAAAUCUGGUUUCACUUUAUGGCUGCAGUUCUCGUCAUAGCAACAAACACAUGCUAGUGUUUGAGUACAUUUCCAAUGGCACUCUUUCUAAGCAUCUUCAUGGAUCUUCUUGUGGUAAACUACCAUGGCCUAGUAGAUUGAACAUUGCCAUUGAAACUGCAACUGCCUUGGCAUAUCUUCAUGACUCAGGUAUCAUCCACCGAGAUGUGAAAGGAAGCAAUAUUCUUUUGGAUGAGAAUUUCACUGUCAAAGUUGCAGAUUUUGGACUCUCAAGGUCUCUCCCAGAGUAUGUUACUCGUGUUUCAACUUUUCCAGUAGGAAGUGGUGCUUAUAUAGAUCCAGACUAUUAUGAAUCUGGAAGGGUCAGUGACAAGAGUGAUGUCUAUAGCUUUGGGGUGGUAUUGUUUGAGCUCAUAUCAUCCAACCCUCCAAGUUUAAUGGAUGGCACAGAGUGUGUGACUCUUGCCCAGUUUGCAAUGAGUAAAAUGUUAAACAAGGCAUUAGAGGAACUAGUGGAUCCAAGUCUUGGGUUUGGUUGUGACAAAGAUGUAAUGGAAAUGAUAACAGCAGUGGCAGAGUUAGCAUUUCAGUGUGUGCAGUGUCCCAAGGAACUCAGACCAUCCAUGAAACAGGUGCUAGAGACUUUGGAGGGCAUAAAGAAGGGGACAUGGGGAUUCAACCAGAUAACAUAGUCUUUAAUUUAUGCUAAAACCUCGGAAGCCAUCUAUUGAACCAUUCGUUUGUGUUCCUUUUCUUUUAUUGGAUUAUCAAAUCUGAGUUUGAAAACUAAAAUUUCUUGCACCAAUAAUCUUUUUAAACUCGGAGUGAUGGCUAGUAUUGCAUCAAUCCAUUGAAAAUAUCACACAGUAUAAUACUCGAUAAGUUAUGUUUACAGCAGGAUAUGAACAAUAAAUUUUAUAUUGUUACGAAAUAAAUAGAUGUUUCACUCCAUACCUCUACACCUUCUCCGUUAUAAAUAGGGUAACCACCUGUAUAGGUGAAUUACUGUUCACGUACUAGCUUUUUUCCCCAAAUACUGUUUAUGGAUACUGUUCAUACAUGUGAUUACUGUGUAUAAAUACUGUACAAAUAAUAAAAAUUCUUUUCUAUAAAUAGGGAAUUCCUCUAUUGUUCCCUACAAUUAAAACUGAAUACAUUUUUUUUUCUUUUUGGAAUUCUACUCAUUUCUCCU